GCGACCAAUACGUACGAAUAGCAGCUGGAGCCCCUGACAGACGCCGUAGUAGGUGCAACGUUGUCGCUUAGCCUCUUCAACCCUUCAUCUCUACCUACGCAAGCACCAUGGCCUCCGACGAACUUGGGGCUGAUCCUCAAGCUCCAAGGCGAUCCUCAAGAAUUUCAGGGCAAUCAAAAGUAGAGACUCCUGCUCUUACUAAGAAACCGAAAAAACCUUCAAAACCGGGGAAAAAAAGGGCAGCCGAGGAGGUUGACAAAGAUGAAAAGAACAAGAAAGCCAAAGCUAAUGAAGACGAAGCGGUCAAGGAGGAUGAUGAUGUAGCAGAUGUACUAGCGCCCAUCGACAUUGGCGAUAUUCUCCCCUCCAUAACCCUCAAAAACGAGAAAGGCGAAGACAUCGAUACUGGUUCAAUUGCAGCAGAGAAGGGUGUCGUUCUCUUUCUUGUUCCGAAGGCUGACACACCUGGAUGCACUACGCAAGCAUGUGGCUUCCGUGAUAUAUGGCAAGAAUUUGCCUCGCUUGAUUAUGAUAUCUAUGGAGUCAGUGCCGACUCCUCAGCUGCUCAAAGUAAAUGGCAAACGAAGAAACAACUCCCAUUCCCACUCAUUUCUGAUCCAAAGAGGUCGUUGAUAGGCGUUCUUGGGGCUGGUGAUGGAAAUAAGACGAAACGCAGUCAUUUUGUCUUUGAGAAGGGUGGUAAGCUUUUGGAUAAGCGAAUGCCUGUGAAGCCGGUAGACAGUCCCCGUCUUGCAUUGGAGUUUAUCAAAGGCCUCAGCUAAGUGAAUAGGCUACGAACACGCCCGCUCGGCCAAGUUGAUGCUAUGAAUCCUUUCGAUCUCGUUUUGUUUCUAGGAAUUUGUACACCAUCAUGCAUCGCACUUUCUAGACAAUGACGCUGGCACCAACACUGGCUGUUUCACAGUAAUUCAGACUGAAAGCCACAGAGCAAGGAUCUCCCAAACAAUGUCGAGUGUCGAAAGUAUAGAGGCCAGAAGUCGAACAUGCCAUAAUUGCACAUAUACGUGCC